AUGUCCGGCUACCCCAAAAGCUACAAUCCUUUCGACGACGACGUGGAGGACGAGGACACCCGGUCGCCGCCGUGGAAGGACGCCCGCGACCCUCCGGACGGGCCCGACGCGCCCAUGGACCGUCAGCAGUACCUGCGACAGGAGGUGCUGCGCAGCGAGGCCACGGCCGCCAGCACCAGCAGGUCCUUUCUCAUGUAUGAAUCGGAGAAGGUCGGAGUCGCCUCUUGCGAGGAGCUGGUCCGGCAGCGAGGAGUCCUAGAACACACUGAGAAGAUGGUGGACAAGAUGGAUCAGGAUUUGAAGAUAAGCCAGAAACAUAUCAACAGCAUUAAGAGUAUGUUUGGAGGAUUUAUCAACUACUUCAAAUCCAAACCAGUGGAGACUCCACCUGAACAGAAUGGCAGCAUCACCCCGCAGCCCAACAGCAGAUUGAAAGAAGCCAUAAAUACAAGUAAGGAUCAGGAAAGCAAGUACCAAGCCAGCCACCCAAACCUCAGAAGGCUGCAUGAUGAAGAGUUGGAACCCGAUCCCAGAGGGCCUGCUUCUGCUGAGAUGACUGAGGUUUACCCCAAGAACGCGAGCCUCCGAGCCUAUCACCACAAGAUUGACAGCAACUUGGGUAAGUGUGGGAGCCGCAGCAGCCACUUCCCGGCUUCCUGGCCGUGUCACACGCCACAGCGUCACACGCCACAGUGUCACACGCCACAGUGUCACACCCACGCGUCACACCCCAGUGUCACACCCACGGCGUCACACCACAGCGUCACGCCACAGUGUCACACCCACAGCGUCACACCCACAGCGUCACACCCACAGCGUCACACCCAUGGCGUCACACCACGCGUCACACCCACAUGUCACGGCCACAGUGUCACGCCCACAGUGUCACAGGCCCGUCUCACGGCCUCACUCUCAGAACCUGUCCACUGUCCCCAUUUCCUGCGUCAGCCCAGCAUCCUCACUGCUUACUUGACUCCUGACCAGACCUGGGCAUCCCUGGGGUCAAGUGCGCCCAGGAGAAAGCCACACCGGCUUACGUGGGUGUGGGAUCUGACUCAGAUCCUCUCACCCACUGAGGCCCGUCCACCAGGCCAUGUAUUUCAGCCAUGUUCCCGUGCUCGUGUCCUCCAACCCAGGAAGUUUCACGCGGCCUGGAUUGAGCUCUCCAUGGGAUUGGGCCGACUCAAGGACAUAGCCUUAGGAAUGCAGACGGAAAUUGAGGAGCAGGACGACAUUCUUGACCGGCUAACAACCAAAGUGGACAAGUUAGAUAUCAAUAUAAAAAGCACAGAAAAGAAAGUUCGCAACUAUAAAGAAACUGAAAAGGAAUUCUCCUCCGUGACUUGGGCUGUGCUCUGCGGAAAUGGUCCCUGGCUGGCCGAGACCUGCUGGUGCCAGUGCUGCCGUAGGAAGCAGGGUGGUUUUGGCAUCGCAGAAAGUAAAGAGCCUGAGAAGUCCACUGUCCUUACCACAUGA